GUCCAGGCAGGUUUGGAGACAGAGGCCUGAGGAGCAGCAAUACAGACGCUCAGUAGAUGUGGUCAACUUGUGCAGGUGUGAGGCAGCACGAUGGCGGUUGUGGAGGUCACAGAUGUCGGCCACGCCAGCUCCCUCCUGCUCCAGCUGAACGAGCAGCGCCUGCGCGGCCAGUUCUGCGACGUCACCAUCAUUGCCGAAGACACAAAGUUCAAGGCCCACAAGAACGUUCUCGCCGCCUCCAGCCCGUACUUUAAGGAGGUGCUUCUGGAGGAGUCGGCCAGCCGCCAGCCGAGCCAGAUCCUGGAGCUUCCAGACAUCCAGGCCGAGGUCUUCUCCGAUAUCCUCAACUUCAUCUACAACGCCCACCUCUCCGUGCCCAGCCCGGCGGCCGCCAAGGAUAUCGGGGUCGUCGGCCGACGCUUGGGCAUUUCCCGCUUGGAGAACCUGGAUGACCCCUCGGCCGACGCCAAGAUGGACGACUCCGGCGUGGUUUCCUCCGGGCCCUGCGGCUCACCGAUCGACCUCACCUGCCCUUCCCGCUCGACCGAGCCCGCCAGUCCUCUCUGCUUCCAGGAACUGGCCAAAGUGCCUAGCCCUGAGCGGGAUGCCCGCCCUGACACCGAAACAGAGACGGCUAAGAUCCUCUACAACCUCAGCUCCGCGGCCACGGUACCGGCCACAGUGGUGUCGCCGCCUGACCUUGCUUUCAUGCUGAAGGGAAGCGUCGCUUGGGACCACGACAGUCCCUCCGGGAAGCCCCCCGUGGCCACCACUGACACGGAGACGUCCCAAGCGCCCGCCUCUUCUUCCUCAUCCCCAUCGGGCGCUUCCUACCCAGCGAGCAGCACGUUCUGUUGUGGCAGCUGCAGCCGCUCCUUCACAACAGCGUCCGCACUCAGCCUGCACGUGAAGCUCCACCGGACGCGGCGUUCCUUGUCUUGCCGUCACUGCGGAAAGAGCUUUAUCCACAUCAAGCGGCUGCAGACGCACGAGGUCUUGUGCAAGGGAGGGGAGAAGACCGAGGAGCCUGUCCCCGCGGUUGAGACGCUGCCCAACCCGGGGCUCCCUUCCAAGCCGGCGUUGGCGCCGUCAUCUUCCAAGAAGGGCCUCCUGUUCCGCCACCGGGGCCUGCCGCGACUGGACUAUAUCUCCGACCAAGACCACUUUGUCAAAGUGGUGGACGGACACAUCAUCUACUUCUGCACCGUCUGCGAGCGGUCCUACAUGACCCUCUCGAGCCUCAAGCGCCAUUCCAACGUCCACUCCUGGCGGCGGAAGUACCCAUGCCGCUACUGCGACAAAGUCUUCGCGUUGGCGGAAUACCGCACCAAGCACGAGGUCUGGCACACGGGGGAGAGGCGCUACCAGUGCAUCUUCUGCUGGGAGACUUUCGUCACCUACUAUAACUUGAAGACCCAUCAGAAGGCCUUCCACGGGAUCAACCCGGGGCUCAUCUCUUCCGAAAAGACGCCCAACGGGGGCUACAAGCCGAAACUCAACGCGCUCAAGCUCUACCGGCUCUUGCCGAUGCGUUCCCAGAAAAGGCCCUACAAGACCUACAGCCAGGGCCUGAUGGCGGAUAACCUCCUGCUGCCCGGUCAGCCCAUUCCCAUGACGUUGGGGGACGGGGACUCCUUGGAUGGGAAUCUGGUCUCCUCUCUGGGGGCCAGUGACGUCUCUUCCGCCUUCCCUCCCAAUGGUGGUACCUUGGAGUUGUCUAAAGCAGAACCCUUUGCGCGGCAGGAGCCGGUGGGUGCGCCAGAAAUGCCCGUGCUCCCUGCUGCGGCUGAAAAGACAGCACAAGAUAAGCGGCCAGGACCCCUGGGCCCAGAAGCACCCACAGUCAUUGCCUACGGACGCCCGGCCUCUUCCGUCAUUGUCCACAGCACUUCGGUGCUGGCACAGGCCGCCCCGUCUGUGAUAACGUACAAGAGCAAAUCGUCAGACGCACCAUCAGAUACUGGACCCUCUCCUCCACAACCGCUGCCGCCGCCUUCCUCUGUUGCGGCAAAGCCCAUCAAGAAACAAGUACUGAAAGAGUACAUCCAGUCCCAGAAGGCAGCUGAGCAAGCCUUGGAUGAGAACGGGAGUGACCACGGGCACAGGACAAGGGGCCCCCGGGUUGGGCGUACCAUGACGUACAUGGCCAAGCCGGCAUACGUGGGCACCGCCUCGGAAAGCCGAUCCGCCCCGCUCUGCCAGAUCACUGUGCGCAUCGGAGAGGAAGCCAUAGUCAAGCGGCGCAUCUCUGAGACGGACCUCAUGCUGGACAAAAGCAGCCGCGUUGGGGGGAAGCGCUUUGACUUUGGCGGGGAGAAGCCGCCGCCGCUACCAGCGCUGGCCCCCCACGGCAAGCGUGUCGACAGGGGCUACGCCAACGAGAGCGGAGAGGAGGACAGCGACCGAGGGGAUGCGGAAGACCAGCUUUGGAGGCCGUACUACAGCUACAAGCCCAAACGGAAGGCGUGCGGGGUGAGCGGCGGCGGCAGUGCCGCGCCCAAGGUGAAGAAGUCCCGGUGGCGCCGCAAGCUCCGCUCACUGCGCUGGAUGAAACGGACAGAGAAAGCGGAGGAGGAAGAGGAGGAGGAGGUCAGUGUGGGGACCAGCGGCCCCGCAUCCGCCGAGAUGUCUGCAGGCCUCAGAGGGGCCUCCGAAAGCGAGGGGGCGGACCCCCCUCCGAAAGCAGGUGGCGGGCGGGGGUCGGAUUGGAAGCACGAGUGUAGCGUUUGUGGCAAGCUGUUCUCGGCCCUGAAGAAGCUGCGGAAGCAUGAGCGGGUACACGGCCGCCUCAGCAAAGACGACCCGUCCCUGGCGCCGCUACUGGCGACACCGCACCGCGUCGGCCGGAAGCCUCUGGUGAAGUUCACCUGCACUCACUGCUCCAAGGUCUGCAAGACGGCAGCGGCCCUGAGCCGCCACAUGAAACGGCACGAGGGGGAACAGACCGAGGACACCCCCUUGCCUGCCCUCACCACUGUCAUCGCCUAUUCCAAAAAGACCACCGACUUGCCCCCGGCAGCCCCGUCGCCGGUAAUCAAGGAGGAGACCACGCAAGAGAUGCAGGUGUCCUCCUCGAGCGGAGAGGCCCCCCUGUCUCAGCACGAGCUUCCGGAAGAGGGACCCAUAGCAAUGGAAACGCAGCCCUCCAUGGGCCGCACGCCGGCACUGCUGCCGGAAGAGGAGAUCGCACCACUGCUGGCUGAAAGCAAGCCCCCCUUCUGCGAGGAGGUGCCCGUCCCUCCGCCACCUCUGGAGGCUGCCACCAGCCUCGCUGACAUGCCACCACCUUUGUCCCACUCCCUCCAGGACCCCGUCAUCUCCCAUACGGGUCUGAUCCAGAAACCGGCUCUGGCCCCACAGGAGAUCGAGGAGGAUCGGUACCCGGUCCAGGAGUACCCCUUGCCGCUCUUGGUGCCGGGCAGCUGUCGGACCAGGAAGGACCUGGAGGACAAAGCUUCCUUCCUCACUUACCCCAGCGCCAUCCAGUUCAACGCUGUGGGUAAAGCGGGCGGCAGCGAGAGCGACGGCAAGGUGAGCUUCUACCCCGAUCCGUACCCCUUGAUGUACGGCCAUCAGCUCCUGGCCGCCUACCCCUACAACUUCACCCUGCCGGUGGCUCUGAACAUGGUCGUCCCGGAUGAGAAGGGGCAACCCCUCCCCUUCCUGCCGAGCGUCUUCAGCUACGCGAUGAACCCCUGCCGGAGCCAGGCCCACGAGGCAGGCGCCCCCGGAUCCAAUGGGGGCAUGGCCAUGGGGGGCAGCGCCGCAAGGGAGAGCAGAGGAGACCCCACGGCUUCCGAGCGGCUGAAGAAAGGCAACCGGCUGUGAGGGACUACGAAGAAGGGACACAGCCGGUCUGGAGG